AUGCGCUUCUCAGUCCGAGUUAAUGAUGACAGUUUGAUCUUUAUUAGUGGAAACACCCAUAGUGUAGCAAGACUGAAUGAUAUCCUGAGGGUUUAUGGUGAUGCUGCGGGUCAGUGUGUCAAUCGUGCCAAGAGUGCAGUAUACUUCAGCUCCAACACACCGGCCCAGCUCAAGCAGCAGCUUAAAGCGGUCCUCAACAUCGAUGUGGAGGCUUUUAGCGAGCGGUACCUAGGGCUACCCACUGCGAUCGGCGGCAUCACAAGCGGAACUUUCGAUCACAUCGGGGAGAGAGCCAUCGGGAAGAUGCAGGGAUGGUCUGAAAAAUUACUCGCGUGUGCAGGCAGGGAGAUAUUGUUGAAAUCAGUUGUACAGGCCAUCCCAACAUACUCUAUGAGCACACUCUUAUUAACAAAAAAGGUGUGCAAGAGUUUGACGUCACCAAUGGCAAAAUUCUUUUGGAGUAGCUCCAUUGACAAAAAUGCUCUACAUUGGGUGUCCUGGAAGAAUCUGGCUACACCAAAGUGCCAAGGUGGUAUGGGAUUUCGUGAUCCCCAACAGUUUAACAUUGCGUUACUCGGGAAGCAUGGGUGGCGGUUUAUGACGAACCCUAAUUCUCUGUGCGCUAGGGUAAUGAAAGCCCUGUGGAAACUCAAAGUGAUCCCAAAGGUACGGGUGUUUUGGUGGAGGGUUUUGCGAGGGAUUCUACCUGAUGAAUGUACCCUCAAGCACCGCCACAUCUCAGUUCAAGACACUUGUAAAGUGUGCAUGGCAAGAGAGGAGGAUCUCAUGCAUGCGCUAAUACAAUGCUCACACGCACGACGUUUCUGGAGAGAAGCUAGUGCUUGGUUUGAUCUCAGACUCCCUCAUUUGCACCCACGCUCGUGGGCCAGAGAUAUACUGUGUGGCGAUCGGAUCAGGGAUGAAGAUCGCACAAAGAUCAUCACUAUCAUGGCGGGUGGCAUUGCCCGGUCCACGUCCGCGCUACUAGGAGCUUGGUGCAAGCCAUUCGGUGCUAUAUCCGAUCCUGUAACAAUGAAAGCCCUAUCAAUGUGAUAAGGAACGCUAUUUGCAAAACUUCGAGGCCUAUCGCAUGUGAUAAUAGAGACUGACUGUCAGGAGUUAGUGCAACUCUGGUCGGCAAACUUACCGGCACAUCUAAGUGCAAAACGUGCAUGCACAUUGAAUGUGACCGAAUGUUGGCUCGAGGAGACCCCUAGGUUUUUGGUAACCAGCCUUUUGUUUGAUUGCCCGGGGAACACUUUUGUUGAAUAA